AUGAGAAAAGAUAGGAUAGGUUUACGAACAAUACGCUACAUCUCACGGAAAGCGACACCACUCGAAGCGUCCUUGCGGCUGACAUUGCACCCCCGCCCACGCGGUCAGGACCGGAUUCUGAUCGUAACCGGUUUCUGGAGUCUUUGUCUGCAGAUCCCGUGGUCCCGUGUAGAAGAGUGUCUUCUUAAAGAUACGGUAGUCGACGCGGUAAAUGCCAAUUACACCUUUUAA